AUGGAAGUUUCCAAGGAGAUGACAUCUGUGGGGACUGGAGAAAAGCUAAAACGUAGUAUAAGAAAACUGAAGAAACCGUUGAUGGAAAAGAAAAGACGAGACAGAAUAAAUCGAUCCCUCUUACAGCUCAAAACACUGAUACUAGAAAAUAUUCGACGAAAUGGGGGUACUCAGACAGCUAAGCUUGACAAAGCUGACAUUUUAGAAAUGACUGUCAACUGCAUGAUGACGUUGCAGUACGGGCAAUCCAUCGUUACCAUGGUUAAUAAACAUCAAUACAACUAUGGCUACCAAAUAUGCGAGAGAGACGCAAUGCGAGUCCUUGGCGAUAGCAAAGAUUGUUCUUCAUGGUAUUUGUCAAGACACAGACGAAAUAUAUUUGAUAGUCAGACAACAGACGACAUUUUUCAACCGGAUGUGUCAGCAGACGAUAUAAUAAGUAAACAGCAGCCAAUUGGAAUCGCGAUCCCCCAGCUGCCAGUGCUGACGUCGACUCCAAACCCUUUAACAAUUGAUGUAAAUAAAAUUGUCAAAACGAAAUCAAAAAUUAGUGAAGGGAAUGAACCACUUGGUAACUUACUAAAACUGGACGACAGGAUGGAGCCUGAAUAUGAAAUUAAUGCUGAUGACAAUGAUGUUUCCUCAGAUGAAUUCGAGGCUUCGGAAUCAAGGACGUCCGACAUUGUUAAUUUAAGACAUUCAGAGGCUUUUAAUCCAAAUACUUCAAAUAAAGCUAAUACUAUCGAACGUUCAGACUGUUACUGUGUUAGCGAAGUGAGAGUCUGGCGACCAUGGUGA